GCUCACUGCAACCUGAACCUCCCUGGUUCAAGCAAUUUCCCUGCCUCAGCCACCUGAGUAGCUGGGAUUACAGGUGCAUGCCACCACGCCUGGCUAAUUUUUUUUUUUGUAUUUUUAGUAGAGACGAGGUUUCACCGUGUUGGCCAGACUGGUCUCAAACUCCUGACCUCAGGCAGUCUCCCCGCCUUGGCCUCCCAAGUGUUACUCUUUGUUUUUUGUUUUUUUUUUUUUUUGAGACAGGGUCUCACUCUGUCACCAGGCUGGAGUGCAGUGGCGCAAUUUCGCCUCACUGCAACCUCCACCUCCUGGGUUCAGGCGAUUCUUCUGCCUCAGCCUCCCGAGUAGCUGGGACUACAGGCGCAUGCCACCAUGCCCGGCUAAUUUUUUGUAUUUUUAGUAGAGACGGGGUUUCACUGUGUUAGCCAGGAUGGUCUCGAUCUCCUGACCUUGUGAUCCACCCGCCUCGGCCUCCCAAAAUGGUGGGAUUACAGGCGUGAGCCACCGCGCCCGGCCCCAAGUGUUACUCGUUAGGCAGAUACCUGAUACCUGUCUGCUAUACUCACUGGUCUGCACCUUGCUUCACUUAUUGUAUCUUGGCCAUCUUUGCAUACCAGACAUGUAGAGCUUCCUUAUUCUUUUUUUUUUUUUUUUUUUUUGAGAUGGAGUCUCGCUGUGUCACCCAGGCUGGAGUGCAGUGGCGCGAUCUCAGCUCACUGCAAGCUCCACCUCCUGGGUUCACGCCAUUCUCCUGCCUUUUUUUUGAGAUGGAGUCUCGCUGUGUCACCCAGGCUGGAGUGCAGUGGCGCAAUCUCAGCUCACUGCAAGCUCCACCUCCUGGGUUCACGCCAUUCUCCUGCCUCAGCCUCCCGAGUAGCUGGGACUACAGGUGCUUGCCACCACACCCAGCUAAUUUUUGUGUGUGUGUGUAUUUUUAGUAGAGACAGGGUUUCACCGUGUUAGCCAGGAAGGUCUCAAUCUCCUGACCUCAUAAUCCGCCCGCCUCAGCCUCCCAAAGUCCUGGGAUUACAGGUGUGAGCCACUGCGCCCAGCCCCUCAUUCUUUUUUUUUUAACAGUUGGCUCAUCCAUUGUAUGGAUGUGCCAGUCUCUUCUUUUUUUUUUUAGACAGAUUCUUGCUCUGUCACCCAGGCUGGAGUGCAGUGGCACGAUCUCGGCUUACUGCAACCUCUGCCUCCUGGGUCAAGUGAUUCUCCCACCUCAGCCUCCUGAGUAGCUGGGAUUACAGGCAUGUGCCAUCAUGCCCAGCUGAUUUUUGUAUUUUUAGUAGAGACAGGGUUUCACUUUGUUGGCCAGGCUGGUCCUGAACUCCUGAUCUCAAAUGAUUUGCUCAUCUCGGCCUCCCAAAGUGCUAGGAUUACAGGCAUGAGUCACCAUGCACGGCCUGGAUGUGCCAUUCUCCUAUUCAUUGAUGAAUGUGCAGGUGACUUCUAGUCUUUUUUGGCAAUGAAUAACCUUGUCAUUUUACACACAGAUAAACAGAUUGACAAUGCUUCUGUGUGAUAGGUGCAGUGAUGGAGAUAGACACUGGGGAACUAGGGAAAGCUUCCAGAGGAUACUUAAGAAAGGCUCAGGGUGAGUGAGCGCUGGUAUCUGAGUGGGCCUUGCAGGCCUGGCAGAAUUUCAGCAGGCUGAGAUGUUGUAGGAAGGGCAAAUAUGACUGAAGAAAAGAACAACAGCUCAGGUGUGACAGGGGAAAUGACGAGUGUUAGUUAUCUAUUCCUGCAUAACAAAUUACCCCAAAACUUAGUAGCUUAAAACACUAUCUCGCAGUUUCUAUGGGUUAGGAGAGAUUUACACAAAGAUGUGAAUACCAGAAGGUGAGGAUUGUUGCCAGCCAUUUUAGAAGGCUGACUCUAAUAGCAAGUUGCAGUAAGGAUAGGAUUGGCCAAGGCAGCAGAUGGAGCCAUGAUUGUGGACAAUCUUACAUACUUAGCUGAGAGGUUGUCAGAGAUUGAUCUGAGAACAGUGUGAGCCAUGGAAGGUCUUUGAGCAGGAGAAUAAUGUGAUAGUUGCUAUACAGGACAAUUAAUCUGAUAGCAUUUAUGCUAGAGGGGUCAAAAUGGAGAGAGAUACACAGGCAGAGGCCUAGAUUAGGAGAUGGCUAUAGUAGUACAGGUGAGAAAUUCCUGGCCUGUAGUACUAAAUACUUUUUUUUUUUUUUUUUAAGACAAUCUCACUCUGUCACCCAGGCUGGAGUGCAGUGGCAUGAUCUCGGCUCACUGCAACCUCUGCCUCCCGGGUUCAAGCAAUUCUAGUGCCUCAGCCUCCUUAGUGGCUGUGACUACAGGCGUGUACCACCAUGCCUGGCUAAUUUUUCUAUUUUUAGUAGAGAUGGGGUUUCACGGUGUUGGCCAGGCUGGUCUUGAACUCCUGGCCUCAAGUAAUCCACCCACUUUGGCCUCCCAAAGUGCUGGGAUUAUGGGCGUGAGCCGCUGCAUCCGGCCUCUGUACUAAAUACUUUAGCUGCUUAUUCUUUCUUCGAAAUGACCACAAAAAGAAGGUAUUACUGAUUUAUAUUAAUAUGCAUAUGGUCUUGCGUAUGGCCAUACUUAUGACUUGCGUAUGGUCAUAAAGGUAGUAAGUUGCAGAGCAGCACUCAGACCUGCCUGGCUUUGAUGACCGUGCCUUGAUGGCACUGGAAGUGGAAAGGUGGGGGUGACUGGGGAGGUGAGGUUUUGUCCGUUCCCUGGAUGCUAAAAGGAAAUGGAGGAGUGUAAGAGGUUGAUUCUUUGAACCUGGAUGGCUGGGACAAAGAUAACACUGUAACAGGAAGAAGAGAGGCCGGAGGGAACACUGGUGUGAUGAGAGGCUGAUGGGAACCACCCUGUAGAGGUCCAUCUGCGUUCAGACCCAGACGAUGCCAGAGCUAUGACUGGGCCUGCAGGUGUGGCGCCGAGGGGAGAUCAGCCAUGGAGCAGCCACAGGAGGAAGCCCCUGAGGUCCGGGAAGAGGAGGAGAAAGAGGAAGUGGCAGAGGCAGAAGGAGCCCCAGAGCUCAAUGGGGGACCACAGCAUGCACUUCCUUCCAGCAGCUACACAGACCUCUCCCGGAGCUCCUCGCCACCCUCACUGCUGGACCAACUGCAGAUGGGCUGUGACGGGGCCUCAUGCGGCAGCCUCAACAUGGAGUGCCGGGUGUGCGGGGACAAGGCAUCGGGCUUCCACUACGGUGUUCAUGCAUGUGAGGGGUGCAAGGGCUUCUUCCGUCGUACGAUCCGCAUGAAGCUGGAGUACGAGAAGUGUGAGCGCAGCUGCAAGAUUCAGAAGAAGAACCGCAACAAAUGCCAGUACUGCCGCUUCCAGAAGUGCCUGGCACUGGGCAUGUCACACAACGCUAUCCGUUUUGGUCGGAUGCCGGAGGCUGAGAAGAGGAAGCUGGUGGCAGGGCUGACGGCAAACGAGGGGAGCCAGUACAACCCACAGGUGGCCGACCUGAAGGCCUUCUCCAAGCACAUCUACAAUGCCUACCUGAAAAACUUCAACAUGACCAAAAAGAAGGCCCGCAGCAUCCUCACCGGCAAAGCCAGCCACACGGCGCCUUUUGUGAUCCACGACAUCGAGACAUUGUGGCAGGCGGAGAAGGGGCUGGUGUGGAAGCAGUUGGUGAACGGCCUGCCUCCCUACAAGGAGAUCAGCGUGCACGUCUUCUACCGCUGCCAGUGCACCACAGUGGAGACCGUGCGGGAGCUCACUGAGUUCGCCAAGAGCAUCCCCAGCUUCAGCAGCCUCUUCCUCAAUGACCAGGUUACCCUUCUCAAGUAUGGCGUGCACGAGGCCAUCUUCGCCAUGCUGGCCUCUAUUGUCAACAAGGACGGGCUGCUGGUAGCCAACGGCAGUGGCUUUGUCACCCGUGAGUUCCUGCGCAGCCUCCGCAAACCCUUCAGUGAUAUAAUUGAGCCUAAGUUUGAAUUUGCUGUCAAGUUCAACGCCCUGGAACUUGAUGACAGUGACCUGGCCCUAUUCAUUGCAGCCAUCAUUCUGUGUGGAGACCGGCCAGGCCUCAUGAACGUUCCACAGGUGGAGGCUAUCCAGGACACCAUCCUGCGUGCCCUCGAAUUCCACCUGCAGGCCAACCACCCUGAUGCCCAGUACCUCUUCCCCAAGCUGCUGCAGAAGAUGGCUGACCUGCGGCAACUGGUCACCGAGCACGCCCAGAUGAUGCAGCGGAUCAAGAAGACCGAAACCGAGACCUCGCUGCACCCUCUGCUCCAGGAGAUCUACAAGGACAUGUACUAAUGGCGGCACCCAGGCCUCCCUGCAGACUCCAAUGGGGCCAGCACUGGAGGGGCCCACCCACGUGACUUUUCCAUUGACCAGCCCUUGAGCACCCGGCCUGGAGCAGCAGAGUCCCACGAUUGCCCUCAGACACAUGACACCCACGGCCUCUGGCUCCCUGUGCCCUCUCUCCCGCUUCCUCCAGCCAGCUCUCUCCCUGUCUUUGUUGUCUCCCUCUUUCUCAGUUCCUCUUUCUUUUCUAAUUCCCGUUGCUCUGUUUCUUCCUUUCUGUAGGUUUCUCUCUUCCCUUCUCCCUUGCCCUCCCUUUCUCUCUCCACCCCCCACGUCUGUCCUCCUUUCUUAUUCUGUGAGAUGUUUUGUAUUAUUUCACCAGCAGCAUAGAACAGGACCUCUGCUUUUGCACACCCUUUUCCCAGGAGCAGAAGAGAGUGGGGCCUGUCCUCUGCCCCAUCAUUGCACCUGCAGGAUUAGGUCCUCAGUUCUGUCUCCUGUCUUCAGAGCAAAAGACUUGAGCCAUCCAAAGAAACACUAAGCUCUCUGGGCCUGGGUUCCAGGGAACUAAGCAUGGCCUGGACUGACUGCAGCCCCCUAUAGUCAUGGGGUCCCUGCUGCAAAGGACAGUGGGCAGGAGGCCCCAGGCUGAGAGCCAGAUGCCUCCCCAAGACUGUCAUUGCCCCUCCGAUGCUGAGGCCACCCACUGACCCAACUGAUCCUGCUCCAGCAGCACACCUCAGCCCCACUGACACCCAGUGUCCUUCCAUCUUCACACUGGUUUGCCAGGCCAAUGUUGCUGAUGGCCCCCUGCACUGGCCGCUGGACGGCACUCUCCCAGCUUGGAAGUAGGCAGGGUUCCCUCCAGGUGGGCCCCCACUUCAUUGAAGAGGAGCAAGUCUCAAGAGAAGGAGGAGGGAUUGGUGGUUGGAGGAAGCAGCACACCCAAUUCUGCCCCUAGGACUCGGGGUCUGAGUCCUGGGGUCAGGCCAGGGAGAGCUCGGGGCAGGCCUUCCGCCAGCACUCCCAUUGCCCCCCUGCCCAGUAGCAGCCGCCCACAUUGUGUCAGCAUCCAGGGCCAGGGCCUGGCCUCACAUCCCACUGCUCCUUUCUCUAGCUGGCUCCACGGGAGCUCAGGCCCCACUCCCCCUGAAGCUGCCCCUCCAGCACACACACAUAAGCACUGAAAUCACUUUACCUGCAGGCUCCAUGCACCUCCCUUCCCUCCCUGAGGCAGGUGAGAACCCAGAGAGAGGGGCCUGCAGGUGAGCAGGCAGGGCUGGGCCAGGUCUCCGGGGAGGCAGGGGUCCUGCAGGUCCUGGUGGAUCAGCCCAGCACCUGCUCCCAGUGGGAGCUUCCCGGGAUAAACUGAGCCUGUUCAUUCUGAUGUCCAUUUGUCCCAAUAGCUCUACUGCCCUCCCCUUCCCCUUUACUCAGCCCAGCUGGCCACCUAGAAGUCUCCCUGCACAGCCUCUAGUGUCCGGGGACCUUGUGGGACCAGUCCCACACCGCUGGUCCCUGCCCUCCCCUGCUCCCAGGUUGAGGUGCGCUCACCUCAGAGCAGGGCCAAAGCACAGCUGGGCAUGCCAUGUCUGAGCGGGGCAGAGUCCUCCAGGCCUGCAGGGGCAAGGGGCUGGCUGGAGUCUCAGAGCACAGAGGUAGGAGAACUGGGGUUCAAGCCCAGGCUUCCUGGGUCCUGCCUGGUCCUCCCUCCCAAGGAGCCAUUCUGUGUGUGACUCUGGGUGGAAGUGCCCAGCCCCUGCCCCUACCGGCGCUGCAGCCUCCCUUCCAUGCCCCAGGAUCACUCUUUGCUGGCAGGAUUCUUCCCGCUCCCCACCUACCCAGCUGAUGGGGGUUGGGGUGCUUCCUUUCAGGCCAAGGCUAUGAAGGGACAGCUGCUGGGACCCACCUCCCCCUCCCCGGCCACAUGCCGCGUCCCUGCCCCCACCCAGGUCUGGUGCUGAGGAUACAGUUCUUCUCAGUGUCUGAACAAUCUCCAAAAUUGAAAUGUAUAUUUUUGCUAGGAGCCCCAGCUUCCUGUGUUUUUAAUAUAAAUAGUGUAUACAGACUGACGAAACUUUAAAUAAAUGGGAAUUAAAUAUUUAA